AGAAAGAGGGAAAAAGAAGAAGAAAAAUGGGAAGCAUAACAGAAGAAGAACAAUUGAUUCAAAUGGUCAGGGACUUCAUAGAAUCAGAAUCAGCUCCGCAGAAUCCUCCAGAACCAUUUCCUCUUAUAAAUAAUCAUCGCCAACCCGCUUAUAUCGACUCUCUACAGGAGAUAAUAUGGAGGGCCACAGACAGUGAAGUUGAGAUUCUUGAGAAAAUUCUGAUGUAUGUGACAAACUUGGGAAGUUUAAGGGAGCCAAUCAAUCUGAAGAAAUGGAUAGUUUUGAGGCUCAAAAUGGAUGGUCAUGAAGCCUCUCUUUGUAGAACUUCUUGGGUUUCUAUCUUAGGUCUCGCCAAAGGUGAUUAUGAAUUCGUUGAUGUUAUGAUCAUGAGAAAUGGUGAAAAUGGCGUAAGCAGCAGCGAACCUACAAGGCUUAUAAUAGACAUGGAUUUCAGGUCUCAAUUUGAAGUAGCUAGGCCUACAACAAGCUACAAAAGGCUUGUUGAUUCUCUUCCUCAAAUAUUUGUUGGGAGUGAAGAAAAACUUAAAAAUGUGGUAUCUCUCCUUUGCUCUGCUGCAAAACAGUCCCUCAAAGAGAGUGGUCUCCAUAUUCCUCCAUGGAGAAAAGCUAGUUACAUGUUAACCAAGUGGUUCUCGGAGAACUGCAAAAAAGUUUCCAUUUCACCAAACAUGGAAUAAUUCUGAUCUUAUUACAGAACUGUCUUGUCUUAUGGGCAACUCUAGUUUUGUCGUAU